GCUGCAAUUUUCAGAUUUGACCUCAAGCAGUUGGCAUUGUAGCGUUGUCAGGUGGUGAAAAUAAGUCUCAGGGUUACCAAAUGGGAAUUUAAAAGUGUACAUAGUCUGCUGACGUCCAACCUCGUGUCGUUUACUCAAAUCUCUGCUGAGCUGAGAAUCUACAUUUUCAGUCACUGCUAUCCCCAAAGUGCCACUCCGCCUCCAAGGCACAGGUGGAGCAGCCAUGUCCACUGGCUCUGCUGCAAGUGAUGCUGAGGACUAUGAGACAUGCCACAGGAAGGCCGUCACCUCUCUGGAGAGGAGCGCGCGGAAGAUUACCUGCUACAAUCCCAACCGGUAUUCGGAUGAGGAGUUGGAGGACGACGGCGUAGAGGAGAGGAUCAAGCAUGAGCGCAAACUCUCCAAAACGCACCACAAGGAAGCGCGGCAGUCGCAGAGGAACGCGGCCAACGCCAGGGAGAGGGCGCGGAUGAGAGUGCUGAGCAAAGCGUUCUCCAGACUAAAAACCAGCCUGCCCUGGGUACCAGCUGACACCAAACUGUCCAAAUUGGACACGCUUCGACUCGCCUCGAGCUACAUCUCUCACCUGAGACAGCUUCUGCAGGAUGACCGGUUCGGGAACAGCUUUGCGCACCCAGUCAACCUGACCUGGCCAUUUAUGAUGACAGGCCGACCAGAGGACAGCCAAGGCAUCACUGUAAGACUGUGCGGAGCAACAGCAUAGGACUCUCUUCUUCAAACACCAGCUUUGGUUGUUGUAGAGCCAGGCUGACAUUGUGAAACCCUCCCUGUCCAGUGUCCAUCUUUGGAAACUGUCAGCAUGUGUCCAAAACAAUGACUUUGAACUCAACCUUUAAUCAACUGAGGAUUGUGUAUUUCAGAGCAUGUCAGUUAGAGCAAUAAAUACUCUGUUUGUUCGGAUAUAGUUUUUUGUGUGUGCAUGCUGAUUAGUAUUAUGGUAUGUUUACACUGUGUGUAGGCCUAAACUCAUUUCUAUUGGUUUUAAACUCUACUACUACUGGACUACUGGACAGUGUUACAGAUAUUCUGGUUGAUCACAAAACAUUAUUGAUACAGUGUAAAGCUCUGCCUGUAGGUAGUAGCAGUCUUCCAUUUUUACUUAUCUGCAUAGACUGACAGGACCUAGAGUGCAUUUCACAAAAUCACCUCACAACUCAAAGUCUGUUUUGCUACUCUGAAUGUAUUGCCAUCACCGAGCUGAAAUGUGCUGCAAGAUUCUUCUAUAUUGUAGGUCUACAGUAUUUAUUGCAUUUGUGAUAUGUUUGUCCUUUGAUAUUUUUGUAUUUCAGAUAACAUGUUAUUAAUAAUGGUUGUCUUCUCUUCCUGUGUUAAAUCAAAUCAAAACUAUUCCCUCAGUGAUUUAGCUUUUUACUUCAUUUAUUAAGACUUGCUUGAAAUGCAAAGUAAACAAAUCCAUGAAUUUUGAUAGUGUAAAUAUCUGUGGGGAUUGCAGCACCCAUAUCCUGUGAAAAGCAGAUACAAAAAUGUUUGAUAUUUGUGCCAUUUGUGCAUGUAACCAAACACCAAGUGUGCAAUUUGGAAACUGUUUACAGAUCGAUAUAUAAUUAGAAAACUGUUUGGUUCGGUUUUAUUCUCUCAUAAUCAAACAACACAUAA